CCGCACAGAGGCCGACAGAGCUACACUGUGUGUGUGUGUGUGGGUACAACUCGUUUUAUAUGACUACAACCUUUAACUAAAACUGAGGGAUUAUUGCUUUAAAAAGUAAGUCGGGUGGCACAGACAUCUGAAGACAUGGACUCCAAACGCCAGAGUGUGGUGAUAGAACGGCUUGUAAAUGAGCUAGGCUCUCUGCUGAAGAUGCUGGACCACGAGACGGUCAGUCCUGCCACCGCUGACAAAAUGGCAUCCAUACGCAACAUCCUGGACUCACUGCAGCUGUCAGUGAACAGAUCUGAGGUCUACAUGAACAGCUGUCUCUAUGGCAAUGGCACGAGCUUUGUAGAGUCUCUGUUUGAGGAUUUUGGCUGUGAUUUGCACAUGCUCAGUGCAUCUCCAGUGGAGCAGAAAGAGCACAAAGAUGAAGAGGCGAAGACUCAUCCCAAUAAAUCUACCCCAACUGACACGCCCCCUCCUCUGCCAACUACCCCCCUUCCUGAUGACUACUAUGAAGAGGCCGUUCCGCUAGAUCCUGGAUCUACCCCUCAAUACUUUACCACCACUUCCAGGAACUCUGUGGAGGAUGCCUAUUAUGAAGAUGCUGACAACAACUACCCCACCACCAGGAUUAAUGGACCUCCCAAAAGCUCUUACAAUGACUCAGAUGCUCUGAGCAGCUCCUAUGAGUCUUAUGAAGAAGAGGAAGAGGAGCCAAAGGGGCGGGACCCACCUCAGAGAUGGACAAAUGAGGAGAGCCCCGAUGGACCAGUUAGAGACUGCCGCAUCUGCGCCUUCCUGCUGCGAAAGAAACGCUUUGGCCAGUGGGCUAAGCAGCUUGUUGUUGUCCGAGACAAUAAAUUGCAGUGCUUUAAAAGCAUCAAAGAGAGCUCUCCCAACACAGAGCUCCCACUGAAUCUUUGCAACGUCAUCUACGUCCCCAAGGAAGGACGGAAAAAGCGACAUGAGUUGCGCUUCUCGUUGCCUGGUGGCGAAGCUCUAGUGUUAGCAGUUCAGAGUAAAGAACAGGCCCAGCGAUGGCUCAAGGUGGUCCAUGAUGUUGGCAGCCAGUGCAGCAACACUGAAGGACUGGAUGGAUCAACUUCUCCAAUUAUACAGAGGAAGCUGGAGCUCGACAAGGUGCUGCAGUCUGACAGACAGGCAUCAGACUCAGACAGUGGGCCAACAGCAGACAAUCAGGCCACUGCACACGGAUCAGGACGGGACACUACUGACUCACUCAACAGGGGGAAGCGCGGAGCCUUUUCAGAGCUGACCGGGUCGAUGAGCCGAGCAGCUGGGAAGAAAAUCAAUCGGAUCAUCACCUUUUCCAAACGGAAACCUCCUUUACCAGGAGAGCCUCCUUUGUCUUCCGGCCAGAAUGACAACCCCCGCUCUGGCUAUCUGAGCGUGUGUCUGAGCGGCGCUUGGAGGGAGCGUUGGUGCGUGCUGCGGGGUGGAAGUUUGUACCUGCAGAAGGACCCUGGGGAUCAGCGACCCCCAGUCAUUGUGGUGCCACUCAAGGGGGCAGAGGUGGUGCCAGGCGGGCUCGGACCUAAGCAUCCCUUUUCCUUCCGCAUCCUACAGGGAGGCAAUGAAUUGGCAGCUCUAGAGGCCAGCUGCUCUGAGGAUCUUGGCCGCUGGCUGGGAGUUUUGUUUGCAGAGACCGGCAGCAGCACUCUCCCUGAGGAGCUGCACUAUGAUUACAUCGAUGUGGACACACUUACUGAUAUACGACAUGCAGCCAGACACUCCUUCUUGUGGGCUACUACAACUGCUAACUCCUCCAGUAGUGCUUCAAUAGACUCCAGAACUUAUGAUGAGGUCUAUGAAAGUGUUGCGGAAGCAGAUGUGGAGAGCAGAGCAGGCCAGGUGAGACGUCACGCUUCUUUCUCCAGCAGGGACUCUGAAAAAACUGAACAGCAGGCCACCAUUAAGAGACAUGCCUCCAAUGUAAAUCAGUAUGGGCGGUAUGGGAAGACACGUGCAGAGGAGGAUGCCAGGCGGUACCUGAGACAGAAAGAGGAGCUGGAGAAGCAAAAGGAGGACCUCAGAAAUGCGCUGAUUUCACUUCGCAAAGAGAAGAAGCAGCUGAAGGAGGAGGUGAAGAGUGGCACAGGUCAUAGUGUGGAAAAGCGGUUAGCUGAGCUGGAGACACUGUGUAAACAGAAGGAGGAGGAACGGGUGGAGUUGGAGCUAAGACUGACAGAAGUCAAGGAAAACCUUAAAAAGUCACUGGCUAGAGGUGCACUGGGUCCACCUACUGACACCAAGAUCAGCAUCAAGGCGCAGGGAACUAAGGUUGAAAAGGUUUACAUGGAGACUGUGCCUGUCAACGCGGCAUCUGAGCUUCGAAAACGGCCUCCGUCUAUGUACGCCUCCUCCAAGGGGAAUGUGAUGCAGAAGGCAAAGGAAUGGGAGUCAAAGAAGGGGACAUAGACUGAACAUAAACAGAUAGACGGAUGGACAGAAGCACGUUUGAAAGGAAAAUGCAAGAAGAGCAAGAUAACUGGCACUGAAGAGAGAAAGGACGGACUCUGAGGCAUUGUUCUCUCAUUUUAUCUAAAGGAAAAGUACUGAAAAGUGCUGCACCAGCCACUGUAAAUAUGACAUGCUCGACUGAUACACCAGUACCAUAUUAAUGUGGAUCACUAUGAACCUGAUGUAUACAUGUCUGUGUGAGUUUGCAUGCAUGUUUACAUUUGCACAGGGCUGCAGAAAGUGAAAAGAAAAAAAUGCAUAGCAAAGGGAGAGUGUAGUUCUUCAACACUGUGAGUUCAGAGUUACAGGCGAGACGUUUUAGCUACACCCACUGGUUUGUAAUAUUUUUAUACUUGAUACUUGGAAGUGAAAAAUGAAAAGCCCAGUUAAACUAAAAUCAUUUAGUAAUUUUCUUAAAUUAUCAUUAUUAGCGAGAGAAGUGCAGCAUCUCAUAUCUUGUUUGUGUAUUUGUACAUUUAAUAAAGAAUAUCAGGUAGACACUGUUCCUAAAAACAAUGAAUAAAUGUUUGUUGUUACAAUGUGAAACAUUUGGUUUUUACCAUUAUAUGACUAUUAUUUUUCCUAUUUGACUUUUGCACUUUAUCUUGUCGUAUUUUGUGAUCGUAUUUUGCAUAAACGUCUUGGCCCCUUUUUUUCAACAUAAAUGCCCGUGUCUGCUUUACCCGCCCUUCACUGAGAAAUGAACACACACAAAUGUUGGAGUAAAGAAUUUUAUAAAGAA